GCAACAAACACACUCUUACCUCAAAUACCACCAGUGACCUGUGAGCACUCUUUCCUCCCACCUGAUUCUGGUAUUUGGCACUGGGUCUUUGCUGCCAAGCUGGAUUUCCUGCAAGUGAAGCAUCUUAAAAGGAAGAGGAAAAGUAACUACAGUGUAAGAGAGACACAAACUCUCAUCCGAGAAAUCCACAAGAGGAGUAAUGUCCUGUUCUCCAGACAGCAGAAUACAGCCAUCAAUGAGCUGAAGAGACAAGCAUGGGAGGAAGUGGCCCGAGGUGUCAACUCACUUGGUGAAGGAGAGCUACGUACUGCAGCUGAAGUAAAACGACGUUAUCUGGACUGGCGUUCCCUGAUGAAGAGGAAACAGCUCCAAGCAGAACUCUCCUUCUCCUCCUCCUCUUCCUCCUCGCUCACUCUGAAGUCUGAGUAUGAGCCGUCUUCACCGGAGGCUGGGUCCCUCACCUCGUCUUGGGACCAGCUGUUAGACCUUUCAGCUCUGCCCAAAGACAGCCACUGUGACUGGCCUGAGCUCACGCUGGGUGACCAAGGCAGCCAGUCCAUGAUACCACCUUUGGGUGUCAAAAUGGAGGAGGAUGUGUGUGAAUACAGGCUGGACUGCGAUGGAGAAGUGGGAGAUGGAGAGAUAGACGAUGACGACAUCCCCUCCCUCCUCAGUGACAUUGAGUCCCGCGGAGAGGGCCAUGCUCCUGAGAUCUACUCCAACGGUGAUCAGGGCAUCCUCAGCUCAUCCAAGGGCCCUACUUCUACCACCCCCACCACCCGAGAUGUCACUCUCAACAGCCUGCUGGGGUACUCUCUGCCCGGGACCACUCUGAGCGACAGCAUGGGGCCCGGUGGGAUCCUGGUGGCUGUGGAAAAGCAGAGGUUGGAGGUGGAAAAGCAGCGUCUGGCCGUUGAAUCUGAGAGGUUGGUGGUGGAGAAGGAGCGGUUAGCUGUAGAGAAGGAACGUCUCCGUCAACACGAAAUCGAACACCAACGCCUGCAGCUGGAGAAAGAGAGGCUACAGGUGGAGAGGGAGAGACUCAGGCUCAUGCUCAUCAACCAAUCAGAGCACGUUGACUCGUCCUUCAACCUGCCACCCCAACAGGGCCCGCCCACAUCCUCCACUUCCUCCAAUCCGGACGGGUCGAUUGGGGACGGGGAGGGGAAGGAGAGCAGAGGCUGGCUGUCACUGGUGGAUCUGGAGGCGGAGAGGAUGAGGUUGGAUCAGGAGAGGCUCCAGCUGGAGAAGGAGAGACUGCAGUUCUUUAAGUUUGAGUCGGGUCGACUGCAGAUCGAGAGGGAGCGCCUGCAUGUGGAGAAGGAGAGAAUGCAGCUGCAUCUGGACCAUCAGAACCACUGACAGAAGGGUUAUGUAAAAGGAAAGAAAUGGCCAUUCUUUUCAGUAUUCAAAUGAUGUGCAAGAUGGAAAUAGCAACAUAUGCAAACAAAGCUGAUUGGCUGAAGAUCGUUCAACCAUGGUGUAUUUGAUUUAAUCAAAGACAGUCUCUAGUGUCUUGUUUAAUGUUAGAGGCAUGUUUUGAAAUGGAUCAGUGCAUUUCCUAAUGCUUUAUCAAUUUGCUUUCAUUUUUGCACUGAAAUGAGCUCUCUCAUCCCACCAGUCAGAGGAUUCUUUUCAUCAUUUUAG